CCCCACUCAGGCAGUGAAUCGGGUUGACAGGGGCGUGGGGUCCUGCGGCUCGUGAACUGCUGUAGUCAUUAGGCAGACGCGAGACAUCAAAAUUACACUCGCUCAACAUUCACAACAAUAACAGAUAAUCAAAGAUGACGUCUAUGUUGUUAACUUCACUGAGGAGCAGCCCUUUGACAUCUUUGCAGGCUGCUCAGUUUGCUGCUCGUUCUCUCAGCACAUCUGUUCAUCUGCGAGCUCAAGCAAAGAGCAAAAAGACUCUGGCCAAACCAGGAGUGAAGAACAUUGUUCUAGUUGAUGGCGUCCGAACUCCUUUCCUCCUGUCUGGCACCAUAUACGCUGAUUUGAUGCCUCAUGAUCUGGCGAGAGCUGCAUUACAAGGUCUGCUGAACAGAACUGGUCUCCCUAAAGAUGCUGUUGAUUAUAUUGUCUAUGGAACUGUUAUUCAGGAAGUGAAGACCAGUAAUGUGGCCAGAGAGGCGGCUCUUGGUGCUGGAUUCUCAGAUAAGACUCCUGCUCACACUGUGACUAUGGCGUGUAUUUCCUCCAACCAAGCGAUGACCACAGCUGUCGGUUUGAUCGCUGCCGGUCAGUGUGAUGCUGUCGUUGCUGGUGGAGUCGAGUUUAUGUCUGAUGUUCCCAUUCGUCACAGCCGCAGGAUGAGGAAGACGAUGCUGUCACUUAACAAAGCAAAAACCCUCGGGGCUCGACUCUCUCUGCUGGGCUCCAUCCGCCUCGCUCACCUGGCACCUGAGCUGCCGGCUGUGGCCGAGUUCUCCACAGCCGAGACAAUGGGUCACUCGGCGGACCGUCUGGCGGCUGCAUUCGGUGUGUCACGUUUAGAGCAGGAUGAAUUUGCUCUGCGAUCUCACACCCUCGCAAAGAAAGCUCAAGACAGCGGGCUGCUCAGUGAUGUCAUCAGCUUUAAAGUGCCAGGGAAGGAUAUUGUGUCUAAAGACAAUGGGAUCCGUCCUUCCACCAUGGAACAGAUGGCCAAACUGAAACCUGCCUUCAUCAAGCCUCACGGCACAGUGACGGCCGCAAACUCCUCCUUCCUGACUGACGGAGCGUCUGCAGUUUUGAUCAUGUCAGAGGAGAAAGCUCUUGCUAUGGGUUACAAGCCUAAAGCGUAUCUCAGAGAUUUUGUGUACGUGUCUCAAGACCCAAAAGACCAGCUGCUUCUCGGGCCGACCUACGCCACACCAAAGGUCCUGGAGAAGAGCGGUCUGACCAUGAACGACAUCGAUGUGUUUGAGUUCCAUGAGGCUUUUGCUGGUCAGAUCAUGGCAAACCUGAAGGCAAUGGAAUCUGACUGGUUCGCCCAAACAUAUAUGGGCAGAAAAACUAAGGUUGGUGCUCCUCCGAUGGAGAAGUUUAACUCAUGGGGAGGUUCUCUGUCUCUUGGACAUCCGUUUGCGGCCACCGGCUGUAGACUGGCGACCACCGUCGCCCACAGACUGCAGAAGGAGGGUGGUCAGUACGGCUUGGUGGCUGCAUGUGCCGCUGGAGGACAGGGUCAUGCUAUGGUGAUCGAAGCUUAUCCCCAGUAACCAUCAAACUUCCACAGACUGUAACACAUGGACUCUGUAAAUAACGUGCCGUAUUGCCUUGAUAUGUUCAUGAUCUAUUCAUUAUCUGGAGGUUCUUGAUUUGAAAUGAGGCUUGAGACAUGGAUGUAAACGUUGACGUAGCUUUACUUGAAAAAGUGAUAAGUAGAUAAGUUAAAUAUAUUUUGUCUUCUAAAUAUAGCAGUUAAAACAGGCCAGUUAUAUUCUUCCACAUUACAGAAGGGUAUAAUUCACAUUUGAUUCUGAAAUCUAUAGUUCUAGAUCUUUUCUUCCUAAUUCUAAGCAUUCUAUAAUCUCCAGAUAAUGCUUCAUUUUAUCUAUGAAGUUUAACGACUGUAUCUGCUCUCACUGGUUUUUUUGUUGUACAGCAGUAUUAGCUGUUGUUUAGUUUUUAAGGAUAGGAUUGUAAGAUUGAUUGAUUCUGUAUCAACCAUAAAGACAAAGGUAAUGCACUUACACAUACAUGAGCCUCAGAUUCAAGCAGGAGAACCUCUGGAGAACUCUGUGAUCCAUUUCUCAGUUUUCUAGUGGUUUGUACAAAUAAACAUUAUUUGAAAUCGCCA